AUGAGCGGUACUGUAGCGUUGUGUUGUUUCUUUGCGCCUAAGGUCUACAUUGUUCUGUGGCAACCGUACAAAAAUGUUCGUACACGACAGUCUGCAGUCGGUAGACUGGUGAAUCAGCAAAUGCGAUUUAUAAGUCAAAUAGCCACCUCAGCAGCGCCCGAAUGCACUCCGAUUUGUACCUCAAUUGGCGAGUACUCCUCUAACCCGCACGUCGCCACACCUUCUGUUGAUUCCGAGGGACCUUCGUUGGCAUCGAAGCCAGCCGCGACACCGAACCCAGCAACUACUCCAACUGCUCCAACAGCCAGCACCACCAACAAUACCACCACCACACGUCAAACGCCAGUCAUCACACAACCGUUGCUCGAGUUGUCUAGUGAUGAGGAUGCGACCACUACCGUAACCGAAACAACGCCAUUCAUCGAAUCAAACAACUCGUCAUCACCUCCUCUCAUACCCUAUUCUUUCAGUGAUGUUGUCAAGGAUACUGUCACUCAACAACACCAAGUCGAAAUGAUUCUCGAUCAAAUUGCAUCGAAUAACAACGUCACCUUCUUGUGA